GGAGGAGGGGGGGGGUUAAAUAACUUCUACUAGAAGCAGUUUUCAAAGCACAUGGGAUAAACUGUUUACCCUGGAGCCUUUGGGCUUUUUAACCAAAAAAAACCCAACAAAGUACGUUUAAACACUUUGCAAAGAGCAGCCUUAAAACUGCCCUGCGUGCAGUAACGCAGCUCGUUCCCCAGUGCAGGCGGGCUGCUGCAGUGCAGGCUGGGCGCCGUGCAUCGGGUUUGCAUUUGCAGUUGUGUCUGAAACCUGCAGCGCCACUUCUGGUUGCGUCGUGUUCGUUGUGUGCUUCUUCCAAAGACAGCUUUAUGGGCAUGAUAAGGAUGGGGUAAAGUAACUGCUGCUUUGAGAUUCCUCCACUUGUGUUUUAUGGAGAAAGCUUAAUGAGAAUACGUGGGACUUCUGUUAAAAGCGCGUUGAUUUUUAUUCAAACUAUAUUUUCAACUUUUUUUUUUUUACUUGUGAACAUAAAAACUGUUUACUAAACAAACUUGUGGAUGAUGUCUAAAUAAAUGAGUUGUGAAAGAAAUCCGUUUGAAAGGUGCUUAAGCUUUUGUUCUUACUGAGGAAUCGGCUACAGAGGGCUGAGCACUUCAGAAGGAUCAUCCUUUAAUAAAGUAUGAAAAUGAAUUGGAGGGGGGGGGUGUUUAUGACCGUAUCCAAUGUAGUUACACCUGCAGGAGUGGGUCCUACUGGCUUUUAGGCAAACUUCUCAUUCUUACUUAAAUUCCACAAAUGAAGGAAAGAAGGGAUGUGAAAAGAUGUGAGCUGCAGUGCUAGGAAGGGGGGAAAUGUCACAUAGCAUUCAGGGUUCCAGCUCAGCAGCCACCUUGCAGUGCGCUCCUGUUCAAUCUCAGCGUCUGUUGCACAAAUUAACACCUGUGGGGAAGCUGUACAAGAGGUGGCUGCAUGAACUUGCACUUAAAUCGCCCACCAAACUGCCCUGGAACUGCUUGGUGACAAUAAAGUGCGAGUGAGGCACCGUGUUGUGGCGAAGGGGCAGGGAGCCCCCACACGCUGCUGCAGGCCCUGGGGCCCUUUGGCACCACUCGGUGCACGGGCGGACAGUGGCACAGCCUGCCUGGUGCUGCCUCAUGCAAGCCGUGGUGAGUGGUGGGACGCUGAGUGCAUCUCUUAGCUUGUGGUGUGCGCUGAAGGUAGUGAGGAUGUGCCUGAGCUGGUGGUGGAGGCCAGGGUGGUCCCAUCCCACGACGAGUGCUUCAGGGAUGGGCGGUUUGUCGCAGAGCUGCUUUCUUUAUGUGCACGCUGAGCCCGUGGUGAGCUUCGGUGGUACCUCUUGCUCCUUCGCAUCGCGUCUUAGGUUGCAGUAUGACAGUUCAGACAGUGCGUUCUCGUUGCGCGACGCGCUUCUGUGCCUGUGAAGGCACAGCGGUGCGGCUCUCGCUCCCCGUGCUUUGCGCGGAUGGAACCCGCUGUGGGACCGGACGGCGCCGGUGUGCCCGAGGCUGCGCGGGACCGCUCGGAGAGCGCGGACGAUCGGCGCGGGCUGCCGGGGUCUCCGCGCUCCCGAAGAGAGGGGAGGGCCGUCCUCGGGGCGGGCGGAGGGCGGGCCGGGGGCGGGCUGCGAAGGGCCGAGCCGCGGCCGGCGGCGCCCGCCGAGCGCACACGCGCGCCGCCUCCGGCCCGGGCUGCCGGUGGGGCUCCGGCCAUGGGGCUGCAGCCGCGGCGCGCGGCGGGGCCCUGCCCGCCGGCGGGGCGGUGCGCGGCGCUGCCCUGGGCCCGCGGCGAGGAGCAGGAGGGGGUGCCCGGCCGCGCCGCCUCCCUGCCGCCCCUCCUGCCGGCCCCCCCCGCCGCCGCCGCCGCCGCCGCCCGGGCGCAGCCUAAGAAGCCGACGGCGGCGGCGGUCCCCAGGAAGGCGGCGCCGAGGCCGGCGGACGAGAAGGCGGCUCGAAAGGCGCGAGGGACGCCGGCGGAGAGGGCCGGCCCCGUCUCCGGCUCCUGGCCCUGUACUUCGCUGCAGCGGCGGCCGCCGGCGGAGCGGGGGGCGCGGCCCCAGCCCGGCGCGCCGCAGCCUCGGGGCCGCUCGGGGGCGCCGGGCGCGGGCGGCCGGUCCUGCGAGAGCCCGGGCGGGGCGGCGGGGGAGCCGCGUUUCGCGCUGAGCCUUCCUCCCGAGGCCGUGCGCCUCCUGCAGCGCCGCAGCACCGAGCGCCAGCGCGCCCAGCCCGGCAGCGGCACCGGCACCGGCGGCGGGACGGCCGCGGCGCGGCGAGGGGCGCGGUCCGGCGGCGACGUGCGCGCCCUGCUGAAGGUAUCCCUGCUCAACGACCGGCACCGCUACGACGACGAGGAGUACGAAGAGGAGGAGGCGGCGGCGCCGGGCGCGGCGCCGGACGAGGGGCUGGUGCGGAAAUGCACCGAGUGGCUGCGAGGCGUGGAGAGCGCGGCCGGGCGCGAGCGCGGGGACCGGCUGGGCAGCCUGCCGCACCUGGGCGCGCGGUGAGCCGCCUCUCCGGGGCUAACGGGAGGGGCCGCGCCGCCGCCGCCGCCAGCCGGGGACAAAGGAGCGGCGCCGGCUCCCGCCCGGCGCGGAGAGCGGCAUCCUCCCGCCGCCGUUUUUAAGGCUUCCCGCUCCUUUGUAUGACGCGCGCGACGGUUUUGUACAUUUGUACAUUUUUAUUUAUUUGAAUAAAUGCGGUGAUUUCUGUGCUA